CGAAGAUGGCGGCUGCUAUGGUCCGCCAGCACAGCGGACAGCGAUUUCGUAGCGGAAGAUUUAGAGGAAGACAUGGUAGUGGAGAGGAAAAUGUUCAGCUGGAUUUUGCCAAAGACCCUGUAGAAAAUGUGAAAGAAAUAUUGACAUAUGUUAUUAAACAGCAUUCUUUUUCCAAAGCGAAAAAGCUUGGCUAUCUCAAUGUAUUUGUGAAGCUUAUAGACAAAUGUGGUGGCUCAGCAAACUUGGGGUUCCCUCUCAGGAGCAUCUUGAUCUGUUUAAGUGUGAAUCUGCUACAUGCUCCAAAAGAAGUCCGGGCAGGAACAUUACGUGUGAUUAAACAUCUAAUGACAGAUGAUGAAUCAGUGCAAGUUCUCCUUGAUUUACAUCUGGACUACUUUAUUGCCAGGUCUUUGGAUUUGUGUCUUGAUAAUGAAAUCGAAAGAAUUCAUGCUCAGAAGUUAACCCGUAAAUUUUCAUCUGACCUACCUGCCAAGAUGCCAAGGUCAUUAGUUCAACCUCUUGUUGCUAUUGGUAAUGAUGGAGUCAGUGAAAGAGACAGGAUGGUUCGAGCAUCGCUGGCCUGUAUUUGUGAAUUAACCUACCACAAUCCAGACCUGGUCGCCCAUUGUGGUGGUAUCAGCAUGUUGUUACGUAAGAUUCUGGAUUGUCACCAGUAUCCACGUAUCAACGAGUCCAUCGUGUCAACCAUACUUCAUCUAGUCAACUACCCAUCAACCAGACAUUUUGUACGAUUCAACACAGACUUAGAGCAAUUGAUUGCUCCGUUUACAGACUGCCAUUUUAGUUAUACAGGGGAAUUAACAGAUCAAACAAGUGAGGACAGAGAUGCAAGGUUUACAGCCAGCAAGAUGGCAAUAGUAACUGUGAUGAGAUCCUGGCCAGGUAUUGUAAGGUUUUGCAGACCAGAUGGUACAGGGUUACAGUCUCUGGUGGGAAUCCUAUAUCUUCCAUUUACAGAAAUACGACAAGGGAUAGUAGAGUUGAUAUAUGAACUGUUCCAUUUAACACUGCCUGAAUGGACAAAAGACUUCAACGAGGCCCUUAUCAGUAUUGAUCCGUCCAAGAUGGUAGAAAACUGGCAACUCACUGAAGGGUUUGUGGCCAAUGAGGGCAAAACUAUACUUCCACAUACUGCUACUGUUAGGCCUAACUUGGUAGAGAAUCAUCUGGCACUGCUGUUGUCAGCCUGGAUAGGUGCUGGUAUACUAGAUGCUUUAGUAGAAGUGAUAAUUACAUCAGAAAAUGAACUGUUUAUUCGAUCUGUGAUACUUUUAGCAGAACUUUUACAUUUAGCAAACCAGCUAUUACCACCAGAGUGUAGUCACCAUAGUCAUUAUCUCCCUUCAUUGAUGGCUCUAGCUUCCUCAUUCGACAUCUCAGAAAGUCAAAGACACCAAGCAAGUUUAGCAGUGAAUUACUUGGAUAGGAUACAUGUGUUAAAGAAGCGAGGCCCUAUACCAUGCAGUCUGUAUCUAGACCAGCUUGUUAAACAGUCAGAAAGCUACAAAGAUAGACCACAGUCACUCAUCAUACAGAAAGACAAAUUACUUGAUAUGCAUAUCAGGAAGCGUGCAUCAUCUUCUGAAGAAGUGUGUAUGCAAACGUUGAGGGAUACACAAGUUCUGUUUACCAAAGAAAAUAAAAACUGGGACUGGGAUCUUAUAGAAUAUGUUCUCAAGUGGCCAGAUGACAAGUUGAGAAAACUGGAGGAUCAGUCACACGUCAGGUUUAUCAAAAGACUUGUAUUUUUCUUCAAGCCAACAAACCACAUGUUUUCUCGUUUACAUGCUGACCAUGAGUUUCAGAGGAAAUUUGCUCUGGCAGGGUGCCAACUUGCUGACUUUCUUGUCCGCUGUGAACAGGAGGAAGGAACUAAAAUUUUGACAGAUUUUCUUGCUGAUAUUGCAUUAUGUUUGUCUGAGGUGGCAUUACAAAGAAUUGCUCCAGAGUCAGUCCUGAGUGUUAACAAUGUUAUAAACACACUGAGUCAUUAUUACUUCCUGUUUAUUGGAAGAUUUUCUAUGACAACUAAAGGAGAUAGGCUGCUUGAGAAAGCUGGCAUUUAUCAACAUUUUCUAGACAUAGUGUCUUCAGCACCUCAGGAAUGUUACGUAAAGCUGAUCUCAUCUUGUCUGUACUAUGGAAGAGAUGGAAAUUGUCGAGCCGUUCUCUCCAAGGCUCUCUGUGCUGGAUCUGAGGCUGGAAGGUUGUACAGUACAAAGAUGAUGCGUAUAUUGCUGCGUGCCAAAGUGAAAGACUUCAGUCAGUGGGGUAUAGAAUUUUUGGUAGGUCAGCUCUAUGAUCAGAGUCGCAGUGUGGCCAUGACAGCUCUUACCAUACUGGACGAGGCUUGUGAAGUGAAGGAGAAUUUAGAAUCUGUAGUUAAAAUGAAGCCGUCAUUCCUGCACCUUGGAGAGAAGGGAGUGAUGAUACUGUGUCGGUACAUGUCCACACCAGCAGGGUUCAAGUUCCUUACAGAUGCAAAUUAUACUUUAAAUGAACUGAAAAAAUGGCAUUCUACAUUUAACACUCGGUAUGUGCAAAUGGUAGAGGAAAUGUUGAACGAGGCUUUGACAACAUAUGAGAAAACUUAUGAAGGUUCUUACACCAGGAGGUCGAGCAGAAGGAGACAGAAGAAAGACGUAUAUGUGCCUACUCAUUUGUAUGGGGAACUUGUGCAGCAUAAAGAAAGCUUUAAUCUCCUCAGACAACAGACGUAUAUAGAUGACUAUUUCGAGUGUAUAAGAUGUCAGGAGUUGAAGACUGAGGAUGAUAUCUUACACCUGAAGACAGCACUCUGGGCUGUGGGGCAUAUCAGUAUGUCGUCAUGGGGUGUAUCCUGGUUACAGGAAGAGAAAAUAGUUCCAGAAGUUAUACGCCUGGCGGAGGAAAGUGCUAUCUAUUCUAUAAGAGGGACAUGUAUUUUCAUUCUGGGCAUGGUGUCCAGCACUAGAGAAGGAGCAAUGCUUCUUUCACAGUAUGGCUGGGAGUCGCGCUGGAAUACUCGUGCUGAGCACUGGCCUCUGGUUGAAGACCGGUCAGUACUGCUCGAGGACUCCAUGGAGGACUUGCAUUCAGAGGCUGCUUUCAGCAUUGGCAAUAAUAGAUUGGAACUUGGCAGCCCAGUGAGCAAUCUAGACUAUAUAGCAGAAGAGCGUUUUCAGAUAGGAAAACCAAAGAAUUCUUGUUCCGAAAAAACUGUUGGUUGUGAUGAUGAUGAUGAUGAUGAUGAUGUUGAUAGUGAGUCUGGGAUACAUAUUCCUGAUGUAAAAGCUCACAGGCAAACAAAUAGCCCAGAAAUAAGUCGGCAAGGAGUUAGAAUGAAAAGUCAGACGUUACCAUUGCCAGGCCAGUCUAGUAGUAAACAUCAUUUCCCAUUUAGAUCGCAUACCUUCAGGAGCAUUGCUUUACCACAGUUUAUUAAAGACCGAACUAAAAGUGUUGAACACAUAUCAACUUCACAUAAAGACUUUCGAAUUUCACAUGAGCAUAGAAGUCAUAGCUUUCAUUUUCACCUGAAACAUAAACAUAAAGGUGACUCACUCAAACACAAAAAUGAACCCCAAAAAGUGAAAUCUGUGAUAAAAGAUGACAAUAGUUUAGAUAGUGUGAAUGCCAUCCCAAGAAGAAGUUCUUCGCUACGACACGUUAAAGAGGAGUCCUCGCCCCCACGGCCUAGAUCUUCAUCGGAGUAUUCUAAACAUUCAAGUGCUAAACAUGUUGAGUCAAGUAGAGUUGAACAUGAAACUGAGACAAAACCUAGUGAUAAAGCAGAAUUAGGUCUUGUUAUAAAAGGAAUACCUAGUGAGGUUUCAACGAACGCCUCAUCUGCUGACAUUGUUCUUAAAAUUGUAGAACCCGGUGAUGAAGAAUACAAAGCUGACACCAAAAUAGAACAAAAUAAAGCUGCAUCUGAACAAGAAGCAGCUAGCAACAGUAUUAGAAUUAGUGUGACAGAUACUGAUUUAGAAUCAGAUGAUAAAGAACCUAAAAAUCAAAACCAGAGUGAACAAAACAAAACCAGUGAAAUUGAUCAUAAAGUGCCAAAGAAUGAAAAUCAGGUAGAACAUGAUCAAACUGAAAGUGAACUUGAACAGAAUUCUGAUAAAACUAAGAAAGCUGAAGGAGGUAGCAGUGAAAAUUUGGAGGAAGUUAAAUCUUCACUAGCUGAAAAGGAGGAAAGUUCUUUGCGAAAAAUUGGCAGUUUGAAAGACGGACGAAGUAGCAGUAGUGACAGUUCAAAAACGAGUAAAAGUCGGACUGAAAGUUUUACUACAGACUCGACAACAAGUGGGAUUGGUUCAUAUGAUUCCGGACAUCAUGGUGUGAUGGAAUUUCCGUCGUUGAGUCCGAUAGCAAGUUCAAAUUCUCUGGAUACAAUGGAUGUGCAGUUACGACAUAAAGAAAAAAAGGAACACAAGGAUACUGCACAUCAUUCCUCCUUUUUACGUAGAAUGUCAAAUCUUACGCGUGUUCCAAGUAUUCGAAGACAAUCUAGUCCAGGUGUAGGGCUCAUGCCAACUUCAAAAUUCUUUGACUUUUCAGAAAAUGCCAUAAUGUAUACAACAGCUCGUGAUGCAAUUGGUUAUGCAACUCUCCGUAACUUGAUGAAAACUCGGACAAUAAGUUCGGAUGUAGAGUCAGACUAUGGAUUAAAUUCACUGUAUGAUAAUAUGGGAAGUAUGACAAGCAUCAAUAGAAGACCAAGUAUAGACAGUACAUCAGGAACAGGCAGACCUUCAAGUCUAAUGUUUAACAUGAGUGGUGUGUCUUUAAAUGAAAUGGAGAACCCACGCCACCCAACAAAAGCCAGUUUAUACCAGCAGAGACCACACACAGGCAAGGCUGAGUUUAUGGGUAUAACUCUGCCUGUUGAUAUCAACAUGAUCUUCGAGGUACAUGAAGGUGAGGACAGACGGACAGGAUCAUUCCUUGGUUCCGGUAUAUCUCGUCAAGCAUCGAUCGUCAGUCGGUCUGCCAUGUCUAGACAAAGCUCAUUUGUUGACCCGUCAGAAUGCAAGAUUGCAAGAUCGGAAAGUGGGACAGAUUCUCUGGACAGGCUUGAAUUGGAAAGUCGAGGAAUCCGGUCACGUUCAGGUUCAUCUGUUGCACCGACACCUCUGUCGAGUAACCACAAUGUUGAUGUUUGUAUACAGUGCCGAGGUAUCCGACAGGAAGCUGCUGUUAUACAUCCUAUUGAUGAAACAGAAGGUUCCACUGAAAGAGCAGACACAUCUGGGGUUGGUAUGAAAUCUGGUCGCCAUGGUAACAGACAACGUGCUGGCAGUAUGAAUGAAGCAGGAGUAGAAACGUCUAGUAGUCUCACCAGCACAGCGUCAGACUCCUCUGCUGGGAAGAAAAUUUCAUUUGAUACAGCUGUGGGUCGGACAUUGGUUCGGAAGGAGAUCAUACAAUUGGUCAUCAACCUGUCGAGCUCUGUGGGAGUGAAAGGGGCUGAGCAGGGUCUACUCAGUUUAAAACAAAAGUUUCCAAAGGCAUUCCAAGACUUGUGUUUCUACUCAGAAGUUUCGUUCAUGCUUGGCACAUGCUCAUUUCGCCUGACAGCUAGACGGUUUAUACAAGAACUGUUUGAUGACAUUGAUCGAUCAAAGUUAAUAGAGGAAGCACAGAAUAUUCUGGGAGUUGAAGAGUCUGCGGAGAAACCUGCAGUAUUAGACAGGAGUGUGCCGGAAGACUUUGACGGCUUCGAAGACUUUUCCUGACACAAGCUUUCUUUUAGGAAUUCUUACAGUUUUCUUCAGCGCAUGUUUAACUUUGCAUGUAUGGCAAGAAGGGAAUGAUAUGCAUCUUUUCAAAGUAGCUGAACUGAAACAUAUUUAACCUUUAGUCUUCUAGCGGCAAGUGUUUCUGCCUUUGCGACCAGUGCACAGAUGUGCAGGCUGAUCUUGGUCUGCACUGUUCCCUGUUCAGUUAGUAAAUUUUUUGUGAACACCCCUCGAAUAAUAAAUGGUACUGCCCAAAUUGAAUGAUGGACCAGUCCAUUUUAAAACUUAAGCAGGUUAACUACCAAUAAAAUGCUUAUGAGCUGAGCAAAAAUUUGUGGAGACAUUUAACCUAAAACAUUAUGGCCAAAGGCAUUCUUCCUUCAACUCUAUCAUUUAUUGAAGUCCACAGUUACUAAUAAACAUUCAAAAAUAAAUUUUAACUACCUGCCUUCAUGAUGAAAUAUAAUAAUUCACUUAACAACAUCUGCAAUGUUUGAACUUACCAUGCAGUAUGCAUUUUUUGUGCCAUGUUAAGAGCCAGUGUGUCAAGUCAGCUAGAGGUCCACAGAUGCCGGAUUACAAUGUUGACAUUAUGUAUGCUUCAUGUUGAAUAAUAGUGGUGUGUUGUACAAAUAGGGAUGUGGAACAGAAGUUAUGUGAAUAAAAUAGUUCAGUUGAUUCCAGCAGACAAAUUCAUGGAGUUAGGUGCUCAAACUGAGCUAUUGUGGUCACUUGCUGUCUUGUUCCAUUAGCCAUUUUCAUCACAUCUCCUCUGAAAAUACUUGGUGGAUGUUCUUUGGAUGGCACUUGUUCAGAUAUGUUCAAGUGGUUCUGCUUGGUUGAAUAUAUCUGCUGCCAGAGCUAAAAAUAGCAAGUCAUGGAACAACAUCUGCUUUUAACUGGCUGGUCCAGUUUUGAAAUAAUUUCAUGAAAAUGUUCCAGUAAUGACUCUACCAAGGUUGUUUAGAGAAAGAUUUACCUGAUUUGUCAAAGACCUAGUCAUCAGUUUUCCUAAUUUCGCUGUGUGUAUUUAGUGGGAACUUAAAAUAAUCUUCUGGUCACUUUUUUCUAUUAUGCAUAUAGUGCCCCCCCCCCCCCACCCCCACAAAAAUCUUUGAGUCAGGAAAAAUGUUUUUACACAAAUGAUCCUUGGGUGACCCUCUCCCAGUAGUUUUCAAAUUAUUUUGUUUUAUCAUAAAACAUGGCUGCCAGUUUCCCUUGUUUUGCUAUUUUGCUAUAUGUAUAUGGUGAAAACUUUAAGAAAUUUUCUGGUCAGAGGUCAUUGACCCCAUUUUAAAAUAAUUUCACACAAAUGUUCCUUGGAUGAAUCUUUACAAAGAAUCUUAAAAUUGUUUAGAUUUGUCAAAAAGCAUGGCUGACAGAAGGCAUUGUUGUCAGAAAUUGACUGCAUCAUCAGCAUGACUUUAUAAUAGUUUUCCACAAGAGAUUCUUGAGGGAACCUUUUACUAAAAUAAUUUCAAUUAAUUUGAUUUGUUAAAAAAACAUUGUCUUCAAAGAUUAAAAUAGAAAAAUCCUUGAAUGCCAUCUUGUCCUUAACCAUUAGCCUGACUUUGGAAAAAAGGUCUUAGAAAUGUUCCAUGGUUGCGAUCUACUAAAAUUGUGAAACGUCACCUUAACAAUGAUGCCAGGUUUGGGUCUUAAGUUUUCUCUGUGUGGCGCAAUGGAAAUCUUCGAAAAUCUCCUCUGAUUCUGCAGCUCAGUUUUCAGAGUAAUUGCCUGAACUAUUUGUUCAUUUUUCUACCUGUUUGAAAUGUGGAACUCUGGUGAGCGAUAUAGGGUCAUCUUAUCCCUUUUGUUUCAUACAGAACCAGAAAUGUUGUGAACUGAAGCAGUUGGUGUGUACCUAUUGCAUAUGAAGAAAUGUCUGUGUGAAAACAGUUGUUGUUUGUUUUUUUGUUUUUUUGUAUCAAAUGUAUUUUUCUGAUUGUAGAUUAGACUUCAUCUGACAAUAAUUGUUUUUUUGUUUUUUGUUUUGGUUUCUUUUUUUAUGGCCAGUCUAGAUAAACGUAAUACUGGCUUUGGCUGACUUUAUAUGCUCUAAACUGUUCAAACUAAGGCAGGAAGUUUUUGUGUGAAAUUUGAGAUGAUUUUUUCCAUGUUUUUUGGGUUUUUUUUUUUUUUUUUUUUUUUUUUUUGAGUCGCAAAUGAAUAAUCGUCAUAUGGUCUGGAAAUGAAUUUCUAGGAGUUAACGGAAGUUAAUGUCUAAAGUUAUGAAAGUGACUGUCUAAGAGUUAGGGAAGUUAAUGUUAACUGUUUUAGUGUUGAGGUAAUUUUUGAGGAAAUUACCUUUUUUUGUUGUGUAAAAUAAUUUUACCUGUUAUGUUGGGGAAAUGACUUUUGAGCAUCACCUUAAUGUUAAUGGAGAUGAAUUUUCCAAUUUACAGUGUCACGGAAAUGAAUUUUCCAAUUUACAGUGUCAUGGAAAUGAAUUUUCCAAUUUACAGUGUCACGGAAAUGAAUUUUCCAAUUUACAGUGUCAUGGAAGUGUUAAAUGCUGUUGUUUCUGUUUGCUUGUCUGUCUAGUGUUAUGUAAUUGCUAUAUUUAUUUAAUCAAAUUGUUCAGUAUGUUCAAAGUAUUUGUGCAAUAUUUAUAUUGUGUAAUAGAUGCAUGGAAAUUUCGUGUAAAUAUUCUUAUAAUACAUGUUGUGUAGAUAUUUUGGUUUUAUUAUGUGUUUGAAUAUGCCAAAUAUUUGUUAUAUAUUUUACCUCCAAGGUUUAUUGUUUUUAAAAAAGACAAACACGUUGAAUUAUGCCAUUGUUCAGAUAUGCAUGUGAGUUUGUUUUCUAUAUGUACAGAGAUAUAUAUAUAUAUAUAUUGAUGUCAGAAUUAUAUAAUUAAAUAAAUUGUUCUUUUUAUUCUGAUGAUUGUACAGGAAUUGAAUCUGAAAAUUUGGAGAGCUUGUGUUACUGGCCUGAUAGCUGUGUAGAGCAAUAGAAUCAUAUUUUUUAGUAUUUUAGAUUUUUUUUUUUUUGAAAAUUCAUUUCUGAAUAAAGUUUUUAAUAACUGGAGGUAAAUAAAGAACAAAAUGUUAAUUUAACAACUUUAACAGUCCCUGUAUUCUUCUUUGAACAAAUUGUUUAACACAAUUAAAGUUUAUAUAUAAUAAUUAAGACAGGCUGGAGUAUGAGGACAAGAUCAACCAUUUUUAUAAAACCAGUAUUGUAUCAAAUAUCAUUUCUUUGUGUUUAUUUGCCUGUAGAUGUUGUUCAGUGACACAUCUGGAAAAAUGAAGACCAGUUGAAACAAUAAAGAAUAUUUGUGAAAUACAAUGUAAUAGUUUGACUUCAGAAAAAAGACAUGGCAUCAGAUGCACUUUGAUUCAUGUACGUCCAUUUUGUUAUAUUCUAUGCAUAAAUUUAAACAUUUUUGAAGCCAAUGCUAUGGAAUUGCUUCGUGUUUGAUCAACAUUCCAUUUAGAUCCUUUCAUGGAAUUGUUUAAAAAAAGAUAUGCACAUACCUGUUUAUAUGACUGUAUGUUUGACAAGAUAGGAUGAAAUUUGAACAGUGUCCGUUGGGUAUACGGCUGCUGUUUCUAGAGUAUUUUCAAUGUAAAGUCUCUAGUGGUUCUGGGACAGUUUGUGUAUGAAAAGAAUUGGAACCACUGUUUUACCCUUGCAUGAUCAUAGGUGACUAAAUAGGUCUGAACACUUGGUUUUGUUGUAUAUCUGUGAUUCCAGCAGGUAUAAAAGUUUUGAUUCUAUUUCUCAUGUUUUUAUUUCGAUGUAAAUGAGAUGUGAAACAAAAUGUUUAGUCCUGUUUUACGCCAUAUAACCUGAGCUGCGCACGUGCACUAUAAAACUAAGCAAAAAAAAAAAAAAACUUUUCAAUGAAAAAUAUUUGAUACAUCUGCAAGUUUGUUACAACUUUUAUUUCAGAUGUCACAGAAAUGUACAAAAGGUGUCAUUUUUGUUUGCUUUUUGCUAUAAAGUACAUUUUGAUUAUACAUGUGGUUGUUUAGAUUUAAAUUCAAAAUCAAAGAUACAAUAAGAUCAACUGAAUCUUUAAUGAUUGUAUUUUUAAGAUUGUUUUUUCAUACUUGUUAUAUGUGCAUUUUUUUGGUGCAAUUUCCGAUGCAUUUUAGUGAUUUCCAUAUACAGUUAAACUUUGUUCGCACGAACUUAGAUAAUUUGUAUGCCAUCCUUUACACUAACUUGUUGUCAGGUCUUAAUUGGCAAAAUCCCUAUAUAAUGUAUUUUGUAUUAGGGCUCUUGAACAAGUUUUGCUGGUCCUGAGUUGGAGUGAGCAAUGUUUGACUGUACUGUGAUUGUACAAAAAGUAUGCACAGCUCAAUUAUUUAAGUUCAGUGUUCCAUGCAUUUUACUAAAAGUUUAGUGUUCACUUUUUUAAUCACUUCAUUCAUUUAAAUAGUGACUUUACAGCAUACAUGUAUAUUCACUCAUAACAAAUGUGCCACAGUAAUUGUCACAAAUGGGCAUGCACCAUACACUCACAAUUCUGUUUUCAUCUGAGAACAAAAGCUCUGUUUCAGUUUUAAAUAAUCUGGUAUUUCAGUUAUUAAUAAAAAGGUAUUUCAGUUACAAAUAAAAAGAUAUUUCAGUAAUAAAUAAAGGGGGCGGGGGUGCAGAAAUGAACAACACUUAAAAAUAAGGUAUUUAUAAUUCUCAAUUGUUAAUCUUAACUAUUCGGAUAUUUUGUUUAUCUAUGCAGAAGCGAGGAAGGAAGUGGGAGUUUGACUACAUAGACAGUACAUGUGAACCAGAGAUAGCUUAAUAAUUAUAUAAAUUAUUCAUUAACAAAGAACCAUUUUACCUCAUAUUAACAGACCACCAGACUGUUUAGCAGGAGAUGUUGGGAGGGAGGGAGAGAGGCAAGGAAAGAAAUGUGAGAUUGGAUUGAGAAGGACUCUGAUCUGAUACUUUUUCAUUGCUUUACAUAAGGCAGAAAUAAUCAUCAUCAUGUUCGGUUUUGUCACAGAUUAAAAUACACAUUGUGUACUUCUCUAACACUCUGGGACACUUUCAUAUAUAGAUAAAGCCUAAAUGUGUAACGAUUCUACAUGUUUUGUUCACUUAAUCAGACCUGUUGUUAAAUUUGAUUUUGUUUUUAAGAGAUGAUCAUUAUUAAACCUGAUGAAAAUAAAAGAAACUUUUGAGAAAG